AGCAACCUGCAGGUGCACCAGCGCAUGCACACAGGCGAGCGCCCCUACACCUGUGUCCAGAGCGGCAAGGGCUUCACCCUCUUCACCGGGCUGCUGACCCACCAGCGCACCCAUACCGGAGAGCGGCCCUACACCUGCAGCGACUGCGGCAAGGGCUUCACCCGCUCCGACAGCCUGCUGGAUCACCAAUGGACCCACACCGGCGAGUGCCCCUAUACCUGCACCCAGUGCGGCAAGGGCUUCACCCGCUCCACCUAUCUGCUGAAGCACCAGCGCACCCACACUGGCGAGCGCUCCUACACCUGUGCUCAGUGCGGCAAGGGCUUCACCUGCUCCAACCCCACUGUUUUCCAUGAGCUGCGAGUUACGUGGCCCAGGCGCCCGCCCCAGGGCUCUGCACUGAAGCCGUUAAACACAUCAUCAAGUCGUGCUGCCCGCUCCGCUGGGCUCCUUCAAGUACUACAACAUGACGGCGGCGGUCGUUAUCGCUGUGCGGUGGCGUACAAGCGCAGUGUAAAAGUGGCCAUGGCGGCCGUCACAGGGGCCGACCUUCGCUCUGUCUCCACCGCCCGAUCGUCUGUCACGCUGGUGGGUGCACUUACCCUCACGGAAGCCACGAUCGGCCGGACUCGCUCUGGUCAACGUCCUUAG